AUCAAUUCGGCCUACAUUGCUGAAGAUUCCAACGAGAUACGGUGUCCUGCAUUUGCUUAUAUUGGAUACGAUGACGCGGACGGUGGUUUACAGUGCUGCGCUGGUGGCGUUUGCAUCAGCGACCGCGAUGACGCUGGCGUCCAUCGCCCUGCCCAACUGGAUCAGCUACAACAUAACCUCGAUCAAGGGGCACUCGAUAACGCGCAACAUCGGUCUGCACAAGACGUGCUCGUCAGGAAUCGACCCGUUUUCGGACUCGCCGACCUGCCGACCGUUCCCGAUCGAGCGCGAGGACUGCGCCGGGGACGAGCGUGGCUUCUGCAGCAUAUGGCGCACCACGGGAUUCCUUAUGUCGCUCGCCAUCGUCGUCGAGCUCGCGACCCUGGUCGGGUUCCUGGUCAUCAUGGCCGGUGGCAAGAUGAAGCGGGUGACGGGCUGGAAGAUACUGAGCUGCCUCUUGGUUAGCAUCGCCACGCUGUUGCUCAUGUCCAUGGGCACGGUUGCUUACAUCUUUGACAACGACGACAAGUUUUCGGUGCCGGGGUGGAGUCUGGACAAGUCGUGGAUUAUGACGACUGUUAGCGCUGCCUUUUGUCUUUUGUGUGCGGUGGUCUUCCCAGUCUCGGCUCACUUUCUGCCAGCAGAAGGUGACUAUGAGUUUCUACGAGACCCUGUGCACGCUUAGACUGAGAGCUGCCGAUCUUGAGACGUAUUGGCCGUUGCUCCAUGGUGCGAGCUGGAGCGAGUGGCGGUUUAGGCACACUUAUGCACAUAUUAGCACUUCCGGUACCAAGUGGAUUUUAGAGGAACAACAGUACGUAGAAUGUAAUGGGCGGCGCCUAGGGAGAUGAUUUGUUAUACGGGCUGAUGGAAGCCAUUUACGACUGGCGCAUAUAAGAACGUAAGGGUUACUAUUACAAGAUAAUACACAUAUAUCCCUGAAUACCCAUACUACGGAAAUAGGCCCUGGCGAUUGUAUCGUCGAGCUCAGAGCCACUUGAUAUUCGUAGUUAUUAACAGUAAAUGAAUUGGCUAUUCUG